GUAGUAGUGAGGUGAAAAAUACUCCGGAUUCUGAGGAGAAAUUGCAAAUCAUGCUCUUAUCUCUGCAGCGGUAGCGAGACUCAAAUUUGGGUGAAAAUUACCAUGAAUUCUGGUGUCUUUUAAAAAAAAACACUCAAAACUAGUCUACGUAAUUGGAUUUCUCGAGGCUUCCUGAUCACAAACAAGGUCAAGGUUCUCUCAAUUAUUGGGAGGAUAUAGUUGAAGGUUCAUCUUAUUCUUUCUGAUAGUUUUCCAAUUAUAUCUCUUCAUGGCUGAAGUUGCUACAGCUUGCACCCAACCAGUUUGCGAGAUUGGGAAGUGCUUAUGGGCUCCUAUUGCUAGCCGAAUCAAUUAUGCCAGAAAAUUGUCAAAGAAUUGGCAAGCGCUUUGUAAGAAAGCAAUAGAGUUAGGGAUCAAAAGAAAUGAUAUUGUUGUCGAAAUCAACAUAAUGAAUAUGCAGAAAACUCCAACAGAAGAAUGUGAUGCUUGGAGAGAAGAGGUGGUGGAGAUGGAAAACAAGAUUGAGACAAUAAAGCAGGAGUUCAAUGUUGAGAAGAAAUGUGUUGGGGGAUUAUGUCUUGACAUAUUUGCUCGUAUAGAGCUUGGUAAGCGAGUGGUAAAUAUGAUCAACGACGUUGACGUGCUCCUAGAAAAGUCCAAGUUCAAAAGAGGAUUUCUUGUUGAUUCACCACCAGCUAUAGUUGAGAAGAAGCCAGGCCCCGAUUCAACAUUGUCAACGUCUGCAUAUAAUACACUGGGCAUGGUACUGGAUAAAAUUCGAGAUGAGAGCACUCCAAAGAUUGGUAUUUGGGGAAUGGGCAGUGUGGGGAAGACAACUGUUUUGCAACUCUUGAAUAACACGCCAGAAAUUACAACAAUGUUUAAUCACGUGAUAUGGGUGACCGUCUCAAAAUCUCCAAGCAUUAGAAUGGUACAAGAAGAAGUGGUACGGCGUUUAAAAAUAAAAUUAGAUGGGAGUGAGUCUGAUGAAACAGUAGCAAGUCGAUUGUUUCACGAACUCGACCGCAAGAAGUACUUGUUACUUUUAGAUGAUGUUUGGGAGAUGGUGGAUUUAACUGUUGUAGGGCUUCCAAAUCCCAAUAAGGAUAAUGGUUGCAAAUUGGUUUUAACAACCAGAAAUUUGGAAGUUUGUCGAAAGAUGGGAACAUUUACUGAGAUCAAGGUGAAGGUUUUGUCAGAAGAUGAAGCUUUGGAGAUGUUUUACGCAAAUGUGGGAGAUGUUGCAAGGCUUCCCACCAUCAAAGAGCUCGCUGAAAGCAUUGUCAAAGAGUGCGACGGCUUGCCCCUUGCCCUAAAGGUCGUAAGUGGUGCGUUACGGAAGGAGGCAAAUGUGAAUGUUUGGAGCAAUUUCUUACGAGAAUUGAGGUCACCUGCUACAUCUUUCAUUGAAGACUUGAAUGAAAAGGUGUUCAAGGUACUAAAGGUCAGCUAUGACCAUUUAAAAAACACUCAAAAUAAGAAAUGUCUUUUGUUCUGUGGAUUGUAUCCAGAAGACUCGUACAUUAAGAAACCUGAAUUGAUAGAAUAUUGGAAAGCAGAGGGUAUUCUUUCUAGGAAACUUACUUUGGAAGAGGCACGUGAUAAGGGAGAAGCAAUAUUGCAAGCUCUUAUAGAUGCUUCAUUGUUGGAAAAAUGCGAUGAACAUUUUGAUAACCAUGUGAAGAUGCACGAUGUUAUUCGAGACUUGGUGUUGGCAAUGACUUCCCCAGAAGGCGGUGAAGAAUCCACACAUCUAGUGAGAGCUGGAAUAUCUUCAGAGAAGAUGCCAGAGGAGGCGGAAUGGAAAAAGGCAACAAGAAUAUCUUUUAUGGAUCAUGACUUGCGCAAUUUGCCAGAAUCACCAGAUUGUCCUGAGCUCUUAACACUGUUGCUUCAAGGGAAUAAGAAUUUAGAGGUAAUUCCAGAAACAUUCUUUGACAACAUGCCUAACCUUCGAGUUUUGAAUCUAUCACACACCGGUAUCAAAUCUUUGCCAACUUCCAUCUUGAAAUUGUACAAUCUUCGAGAACUAGUCCUUUUAAAUUGCAAGAAUUUGGAGGCUCACCAAAGCUUUGAUUUCCCUAGUGGUGGCACUCUUGUGGUGUCAUUUGUCAUGUCAAGGGUUCAAGCCAUGGUAUCCACACUCACCAAAAAAAAAAAAGAAUUUGGAGGCUAUCCUUGUUGGGAUGAUAAACAGGCUCUCUCAGAUUGAAGUAUUUAAACUUACAGGUGGGCUGAGUAAUGAGAGUACAAAUAUUGUUGCGAAAGGACUAAGUGACUUGAGUUCACUUUCUUCCCUUGACUUUGACUUCCAGAAAGUAGAUAAUCUCCAAUACUUCCUGCAACAUAGCAGACCAUGGAAACAGAGGACAUUGACAGUUUUUGGUUUAGCUGUUGGCCGAGAUUCGGAAAUGGAGCGGCAGAUAGACGAGUAUAAAAGGUGUUUGAGUUAUCAAGUAAGGGGAGGAGAAGAAAUGGGUAGCGGCCUUCCCUCCGCCAUAGAAGAUGCACUCAAUCGUUCGAAUUGGUUUCAAUUAAAGGGCCAAGACAAACUUAAUUCUUUAUCAAAAGUGGGCGCGCACAACACUUAUGAGUUAAGAUACUGCAAGAUUGAAGAAUGCGUCGCCCUUGAAAACGUUGCCGACAGAAAUGGGCUUCAAACGGGUGCUUUUCCAAAUUUAGAACGUUUACAUCUGAUCGAUCUAAGGAAUUUGAAGUCCGUUCUUUGUUUGGAGA